AUGCGCACGCGAUGUUGGAGCUUGCCAAUGGUCAACCCCCGUCGCGCCUGGACAAUGCUGGCCUGGGUCUUCCUGCUGUCGCUAUGGUCCACUCUGGCGGAAGGGAUGAGAGAUUAUCAAAUUAAAGAGCUGAGGCAAGAAACGGAGCACAUGUUCUACCAUGGAUUUGAAAACUACCUCGAGCACGCCUUUCCCGAAGAUGAAUUGCGCCCACUCACAUGUGGCCCCUUGACCCGCGACGAAAAAUAUAACGAUAACAACGAUGUGCUCGGCAACUAUUCCUUGACUCUAAUCGACAGCCUGUCGACCCUGGCUAUAUUGUCUUCGAGUCCGGAAAGUGGAGAUCGGUCCCUGGGGUAUUUUCAAGAUGGGGUGAAAGACUUUGUCAGAUUGUAUGGGGAUGGUUCCAGGGGCCCUGCUGGUCGGGGAGAACGCACCAGGGGAUUCGAUAUCGACAGCAAGGUGCAGGUGUUUGAGACGGUCAUUCGAGGACUGGGUGGAUUGCUCAGUUCCCACCUUUUCGCUAUAGGUGAACUUCCUAUCACCGGAUACAACCCAUCAGAGCAGGAUGCUGCAUUCGCUGGUGCAUGGGACAAAAGCAAAUUUUCGGAAGAUGCCCAUGGAAUUGAAUGGAGAAAUGGAUUUGUCUAUGAUGGUCAAUUUCUUCGGCUGGCUGUCGAUUUAGCAAACCGCCUCCUUCCAGCAUUUUAUACAGAGACCGGUUUACCCUAUCCGCGAGUCAAUUUACGACACGGGGUACCGUUCUACGAGAACUCACCUCUGAAUCUCAAGGCGGAGGGAAACAAACGAAAGAAAUAUUCGUACCUUGCAAAUGCCGAGGUUACCGAGACUUGCAGCGCGGGCGCCGGCAGCUUGGUACUGGAAUUCACCGUCUUGAGCAGGCUCAUUGGGGAUGGUCGAUUUGAGGAACUUGCUAAAAGAGCAUUUUGGGCGGUUUGGGCCCGCCGAAGUGAUAUCGGCCUGGUUGGAUUUGGCAUUGACGCCGAAUCUGGAAAGUGGGUUGGCUCGUACUCGGGGAUUGGUGCUGGUAUUGACAGCUUCUUUGAGUAUGCUUUCAAAUCCCACGUUCUUCUUUCUGAAGGAGAACGUCCGCCUUUUGAUACGAAAAGUCCUUGGAAGAUACUGGAUGAAUAUUACCUCCCCUUGACUGAGGACCAGCAUUCUCCAGAUGCCUUUCUCCAAGUCUGGGAAGACUCUCACACCUCAAUCAAUCGCCAUUUAUACCGUGGUGAGGGGUAUCAACAUCCACACUUAGUUGUGGGAGAUGUCAUAACCGGAGCUACGCGAGCCUUCUGGAUUGAUAGUCUGAGUGCUUACUAUCCCGGCCUACUCGCUUUGGAUGGAAAGCUGGACGAGGCUAUUGAAAUCCAUCUUCUCACAACCGCAAUCUGGACGCGCUUCUCUGCCCUCCCUGAAAGGUGGAACGUGGCUACUGGUGAUAUCGAUAACGGUCUUUCCUGGUACGGAGGUCGACCCGAAUUCAUCGAGUCCACAUACUACAUUUAUCGGGCAACUCAGGAUCCAUGGUAUUUGCAUGUUGGUGAGAUGGUACUGCGCGAUAUUAAGAGACGUUGCUGGACGAAGUGCGGAUGGGCGGGUCUGCGCAACGUUCAAACUGACGAAAAGAUCGAUCGUAUGGAAAGUUUCUUCCUCGGAGAGACUGCCAAGUAUAUGUUCCUUCUCUUCACCCCCGAUCAUCCGUUGAAUAAAAUGGAUGCCCCAUGGGUUUUUUCUACGGAGGGCCACCCUUUAAUCAUUCCGAAAAAGACCAGGCCAACUCAACCCCGUCGCCGGCAAGACGUUGAGCCUUUCCGGCAUACGGCUGAUGAUAUUUGCCUCGCACCUCUUGCUCCAUCCAGCUUUGGUGCAUCGUCGACGGCAUCGCGUUCUGAUAUUUUCCACGCUGCCAGCUUGGCGCGCUUACAUCUUCGACCUCUGGGUGGCACAGAUGAAGGUGCCAUCUUGGAAGACUCACCUCAUCAUCCGAGUGUGUCGAUAUCUGAUCUGUCAUCGCCAAGCAAUUACACAUUCUAUCCGUGGACGCUCCCACCACAGUUGGUGCCCUUCAAUGCGACCAGUGCGCCAAUGGCUCUCCGUCCCACGCUUGAUAUAUCAUUCCCAUCCCUCCCCGGUGGUGUCAACAUGGGCCCGGGGGCUUUGGAGCGUGUACAUGAUGGUAUUUUAAUCAAAACGGUCGGAGGGCUUCGAUUGAGCAUGAUACAAGAUGUUCCAAUGUGGGCGAAUGGCAGGAGCAGUGAGGACGGAUUCCGGGUACAAGUGAUCAACAAUGUACCUCUAGGCAAAGAUGAGAAGGUAUACCUCUCGCGCCAGAUCACAUUUGACAUUGUUGAUCCCUAUGACCCCAACUUCACCCGAGUACGGGAUAAUGCCAUUGUUGAUCUCGUCAUUGACGUUCUUCCAGAACCCCCUCGACGAAAUAAUGGCUCGGUUAAUACAAGAUCUGACCAGCCUGCAGCAGAGCAAUCCGGCGAUUCGGAAAACCCAGAGUCUCACGUCGUUCGGCAUAGACCCGUUGCCCAUGAUGAAAGUCCAAUCGUCGAGUCCCCCAUGAAAACCAUGCUAUCAUCGCUGGUCAACUCAGUGUCAUCUCUUCUCCGUGAUGAGCCCGCCGAAGCUAUGCCGCUCCGACUCAGUCUCCCGGCUACUAUUCCUACUGGCAUCGGGGCCGCCCCCCUCCCCGAGGUUGAAGAUGCCCUCGGUGUAUCGCUGUCUGGUGACCCAUCCUCGUCGCGACUCACAUGGUCAUCAAUAUACUUUGCAGGUGAUCUCUGCAAUGAGCGAGUCCUGCGCGAUACCGUUCAGACCCACGAGAUCCUCGUUGUGAAACGCGGCGGCUGUACCUUCUCCCAAAAGAUGCGCAACAUCGCCGCUUAUAGACAGUCGCGUUCGUCCCUGAAACUUGUCGUUGUCGUGUCUUACGACGAUGAAGUUCCUCCCCAGCAGGCUGAUCCCGAGCAAGAUGAAGUAUAUUCCGAGGAGUCGCCGCCAAUCUCUCCUCUGGCUGCCUUGCGCGCAGAACCAUACCUCAUUCGUCCACAUCUCGAUGAGAACCAGAUAACGGCCAGUGGUAUUCCGCGGAACCACCUCAUUAGUAUGGUCAUGGUUGGCGGGGGUGACGAGACAUAUAAGCUCUUGCAAGCUGCUACUGGCGUUGGGGUUCGGAGAAGGUACACAAUGCGAUCCCAGGGCGUCCCGAUCACUAAUUUACAUAUCAUUUGA